ACUGACUUGUUCUUUUCUUUUGCUCCCUUUUUUUUUCUCUCUCUCUCUCUCUCUGUUUCUCUUUUUUCAAUGGAACAAUGAGGAAUUGUAUUCGUGGAUUAUAAACAACAACAAAACAAAUUACUGGAUUACUAAAAUACUACUAUUAUUGUCAUUAUUCUCAUCCAUAAUUCAUACCUAUCAUGACAAGGAGAAUGUAGACCAAAAUGUUUAAACAAGUUAAACCAUAGUGAUACUUCAUAAUAAUUAUGACAAAUCAGGGAUCUAUUAUGUUUUAUUCACUAUAUUCAUUAUUAACAUUAUCAUCAUAUAUUAAUAUGAUUAUUAUAAUUACUAUUAUAAUAAGUAGUACAUAUCAUUCAACUAUAUCAGCUACAUGGAUUUGUUUAAGUCGUGAACAAUUAAUUGCAUUAUCAAAUUCUAAAAAUACAUAUCAUUUUGAAGCAGAAAUAAUACAAUUAGAUAAACCAUUAGAAUUCAUAAAAUAUACUACUGAUAAUAAUAUUGAUAAAAACGGUAUAAAUGCAUUUGUUAAAAUAACUAAAAUUUUAAAACAACCACAAAUUGGAAAAUUUACUAAUUCAUUAAAAAUGAAUGAAUUAGUUCAUGUGAAUCAAAUUAAAUCAAGAGAUGAUUUACAAGAUAUGACAGUUAGAAAUGUAGCAUUUCACAGGAAUUCUGAUGAUGAUGAUGAUGAUGAUGAUGAUGAUAAUGAACAAUGUUUGCCAAAAUUAGAAAGGGGAGAAACUUAUGAAUGGAUUACAUAUGCUUUAGAUAAUACAAAUAUAUUACAUAAUAAUGAACAAAAACAAUUGAUUUUAAUGCCUGGUGGUAUAUUUCCAUUGUUAUCACAUCAAUCAUUGAUACAGUUGAAAUCAAGUAAUAAUAAUUUUAAAAAUAAUGGUUGUUCUAAACGUGAAUGUCGUUUUGGUGCAAUCUGUGAAGAAUGGUUAUCAAAAGAUUCUGAUCAACUAAUUGGUGUUUGUGUAUGUCCAACAUUAAUGGAUAUGGCAAAAAAUCAUAUGUGUAAUAUGAAUAGUGGUACAAUAUGUACAGUGAAUGGUUUAUUUUAUUUAAAUGAAUGUGUUAUGUUACAUCAGUCUUGUUUAAAACAAACUGAAUUGAAACCAAUGAAUUUAAAUGUUUUCAGUAGAAUAUUAUCUCAAAAUGAUUGUAGUCAAUUAAUUGAAAAAAUGUCUUUAUCUUCUAUACCCACUACUUCUGUUCAUGUCACCAAUGAUCAAACUUCAACAAAUCAGAUCAUACCACAAGUUCAACCCAAUAGAAAUUCUCCUAGUUUAACACAAAUUCAUCAAAAUACUCAUCAUAUUAAAAUGGAUGAAAAUCUACAACAUGAUUCACCUCAAUUAACCCAAUUAAUUCAUUCACCUACAAUAGAAUUCAAUUCAUAUAAAUGCUCAUUAAAAAUAUGUCCAAAUGAAUUAAAUCCUAUUUGUGAUUCCGAUGGUACAAUUUAUCUAAAUGAUUGUUUAUUAAAAAAGUAUUCUUGUCAAAAAAUUGGUACCAGUAAAUUGCCAAAAAUAAUUUCAUGUAAUUCAACACUUCAAAAAUAUAAACCUAAAGCAGAAUUAUGUGGAAAUGGUAAUCUAUGUCUUUAUGGAGGAAAAUGUUAUGAUCCACUAGAUCAUUAUUAUCGAUCAAAAAUGAUAAUAAAAAAAAUUUUACCAUUAUAUUCCAAUUGUAUAUGUGAACAUAUUAAUUGUUUAAAUGAUUGGCCUGAUCCAGUAUGCGCAGAUGAUGGUGAAACUUAUACAAAUCAAUGUUUUUUAAAACGUACAAUUUGUGAAACUCAAUCAUUAAAACGUAUACUUUAUCGAGGCAAUUGUGCAUCUAAUCCGUGCCUACAUCAUAAAUGUCGAUGGCAAGGUGAAAAAUGUCAAGUUGAUGUAAAUGGUCAAGCUAAAUGUACAUGUCCUGAACCUUGUCCAUCGGCUAUAUCUCCAGUCUGUGGUAGUGAUGGAGUAACUUACGAUAGUAUAUGUCAUUUAGAAAGAACAGCAUGUCAAAAAAUGAGAGAAAUUCGUGUAAUUUAUUCAGGAGAAUGCAGUGAACCAAAGGAUUGUAUUCUGCUCAAUCAACCAUGUCAAGGAUAUGAAAUAUGUUCUCGAAUUAAAAAUCCAGUGGUUUACACUUCAAUCAACCGUAAAUUGGAUGGAUCCGUUUAUGACAUUCCUAAUGCUUUUGAAGAUACAAUUCCACAGUGUAUAUGCCCUACAUGCCCAGAAUAUGGUCUAGGUGGGCAGGUAUGUGGAUCAGAUGGGCAAACAUAUCGUAGUGAAUGUCAUUUACGAUCAAGCGCCUGUCAACGACACUCCACAGAUCUAAUUGUUAAAUCAAGAGGGAAGUGUGACGCGUGUCAAACAAAACAAUGUAAAUAUUAUGCAAUAUGUCAAUUAAGCACAUUCGGUGAACCACAAUGUAUAUGUCCAACAGAUUGUCUUUAUGUCAGAAAGCCAGUGUGUGGAACCGAUGGUAAAACUUAUGAAAAUGAAUGUUUUCUAAAGGUGAAAUCAUGCGCUGACCAACGUGAAGUUCAUGUUGCUCAAGAAGGAUACUGUCGUCCAUGUACAGCUGGUUGUCCACUAGGUUUUCAAUGUCGUAAUGGUCAAUGUGUAUGUCGAGAUACAUGUCCACCAAAGCAUCCAACUGAACUUGAUGUAUGCGGUACAGAUGGAAAAUUAUAUUCAAGUGAAUGUGAACUUAAACGUCAAGCUUGUAUUCACCAAACUAAUAUAGACGUAGAUCUAACUGGUGUCAGAUGUCGAGGUAAAAAUCCAACUGUUCUACAAGAUACAAAUAUGAAAACGUCAGGUAACAUACAAGCAGAUGGUGUAAGACUAUCAAGUUGUACAUGUAAUAAACUUGGUGCACUUUCUGAAGAAUGUGAUUACUUAGGUAAUUGUAGAUGUAAAUGGGGUGUUGGCGGUUUAAAAUGUGAUCAAUGUCUUGCAAAUUAUUGGGGUAUACAAAAUAAUCAUGAAUGUAUUCCAUGUUCAUGUCAUCCACUUGGUUCAACUGAUACAACAUGUAAUCAAGCAACUGGUCAAUGUAAUUGUCGUACUGGUGUUGUUGGACGACAAUGUUCAAUGUGUCCAGAUGGUAGUCAAGUGACAGAAAAUGGUUGUAGUGUUAAAGGACAAAGUGAAGAUAUCAAGUUUGAAAGUAAUGAACAACAACAUUUACCAAAGGCAACUGAAUUAAAUCAAACUAACACAUUGAUUUCCCAAUUACCUGUCAAACUAACAGCAGAAAAUAACAAGGAGGAGGAUGGACGAUUAUUCACCGAAACAACUACACUUCUUGUUCGUAUACCAUUUCAUAUCGAUCAACCAACUGAAAUACAAUUAAUUUUAAGUUUAGAUAAAGGUAAUGGAAUGCUUUUACAUUAUCGUGCACCUCCAAGUGAACAGGAACAAAUGAUUUCACGUGAUACACAAGAUCAUCAAUUCAGUAUGGCUAUUUCUAACUGGAGAGUUGUGUUAAAAUACAUUGAUGGUAGUGUCCCAAAUCGUAUUCUACUAGUUUAUAGUAAACAUAAUCUUACACGAAAUACCAAGCAUAACAUUCAAGCGGGUAUCAUAUCAGGUACACCAUGGAUAAAAAUUGAUAAGUUCAGUAGAACAACUAAUCAAGAUGUAAUUGAGAAAUGGGCUGAUACUCAUCAAUCAGAUAAUCAACCUACAGCUGGUAGUCUUGAGACUAUAAUAAUUGGACGACAAAUCAAAAUAGGUGGUCGAAGUAUUUCAGAUGUGAAAGAACGUGCUGAUCUUCAUGAUGAUUAUGGAUUUUCUGGAUGCCUAAAUAAAAUGAUUAUUAAUGCUGGUUCACCAACGAAACAUUUUAGUUUAGAUCUUUUGGAAGCUAUAAAUACAAAAUUAGCUUGGUUAGGAAUUGAACCUAAUCCAUCCACAGGUCACAGUGAAGCACCAUUAUGUUCAUCAUCAAUUAAGGCAUUGUCAUCACCAACAAAUGAUAUAUCUAAUAGUGAUGCCAUUGAAAAUAUUCUGCCUUUACUACAAUCAGAUCAAGUUCAAAGACAUGAUAAUAUAAUUAAUCAAAACGUUCAAACAAUAUCUAGUCACAUUCAAACUAAAAAAUGUGAAAAUUAUGGAACUGAAUCAAUUGGAUCAGAUGGAAAAUACACAUGUAUCUGUCAGCCUGGAUGGCAAGGUGAUGUUUGUGAACAAGUGGUAACUAUUAUACCACAGUUUUCAGGGAAUGGAUUUAUUCGUUUAGCUGGUCCAACUGGUAAAUAUGCAAUAAAACGCAGAAAGUUACAUAUUGAAUUAAUUUUCUUAGUUACACAACCAUCAGGUUUACUAUUUUUCAUACCACCUAAAUCUCCUCAUAAUGGUCCAUUUAUAGCAGCUUAUUUAGAUGAACAAAAUUAUUUAAAUGUUGUCUGUCGAACUGGUAAAGGAAAAUUAGUCAAUGAAAAUCUUAUCCAAUUAAGAUAUAAUGAACCAGUACAAUUAAAUCAAUGGAAUACUUUAAUUAUUGAUAAAUUGCAAAAAGUUCUUCGUGUUAAAGUGAAUGGGAAUAAAAGACAACGUGUAUCACUUAUCCCGUCACGAUUUCUUCAUAUACAAAAUCAUCUUCUAAAAGAGUUGACUAAUUUCGAUUUAUCUUCUAGUCCAAUCUAUCUUGGUGGUUAUGGUUUUUAUGAUCAAUCAAUUUUAAAUUAUAUACCUAUUAGACAUGGUUUCUAUGGAGCAAUUCAAAGAAUUAACAUAAAUGAAGCAGAAGUUGUACUAGCAGGUCCAUCUCCUGCAGAUAUGAUGAAUACACCAGAGGAACAAGGUAAAUUACCACAUUUAUUUGAAAAAUGGGCAAAUGUAUCUCAAUGGCAAGGUUUACCAUGUGGUCCACAAUAUUCACCAUGUCAAUUGAAUCAACCAUAUAGUAUAUGUCGUCCAAAUAUUCAACAUGCUACAUGUGCUUGUACAACACCAUUACAAUUGAUGCAUCUCAUGAAAGGACGAUUAGAUGAAGAAACUGAUGAAGUUGAACAACAAGCUUGUUUACAACGAAAAAUGGAACUAUCUAGGCUAAAUUCGGCAUUAUCGUCCAGAAAUGACGGUCAGUUACAAUACGAUGGUCCAAAUCGUUCACCUUCCAGAGAAAUAUACAAUGAACCAGAUGAAGAACUACCACCAGUCGAUCUAGCAAGACAGAUUUUAAUCAACUUCGGUGGUUUAACAGUUUAUACAUAUCGUGGACUUAUAAGAUUCACGUCAGAUUUUAAUAUUCGUCUCCGUCUACGAACAAAUGAAAUGGAUGGUAUAAUUUUAUUAAUGGUUGAACAAACUUCAUUGAAUCAUCAACAUGAUCUAUCAUCCUCAUCCUCGUCAUCAUCGAUAUUAAAUCAACCUGUAACCCAAAUUACAACUAAUUCAGAAUUUGUAUUAAUUUUAUUACGUAAUGGUCGUGUUGAAUUGUUAUUAAAUUUAGUUACAUCAAGAAAGAAGAAAGAUAAAUCAUGGGAUAUAAAUAAUAAUGAAAAUGAUAAUCAAGAAUAUAAUCGUCUUAUGCCUAUUCAAGCAAGACAUAAAGUAAAUGAUGGUGAAUGGCAUAUGAUACAAGCUAUGGGGUUAGAAAAUAAAAUACGUUACCUUUUAUUAAAUCAUGUUACUUUUAAUGUGCUAAGUGAUGUUUAUAAUUAAACUGUAUUUUGAUGUGCUAAGUGGUUGGACCAACGUUUCAUAAUAUUUCAUACUUAUCAGCAAGGUCUAUUUUUAAUCGUGUGACGACUGGUAAUUCCUUUACUGUAUAAAUUCAUGUCAAUUUAUAUCAAUGUCAGUGAUGUUACCAAUGAACUCUUCAAAUAGUGUCUAACCUCUAUUAAAGUUGAAAUAUUUACACAUACAUAAUUACUGAAAAGAUAAAUAACAGCUGAAACAACUGAUGUACAACUGAUUUACAUAAACUGACCAUUUUUGUGUUAUCUUCCUUCAAUUCAAGAGUGUUAUUAAGUACUGUACAGUAUUUUGCAUGGGUUUUCAUCAAAGAUUUCAAUAAAUUUGCAGUCAAGUUUCAGGUGUUGUAGAUACUGUCAGCAUCACACCACAAAAAUGAAAAGGAAAGAUAACAUUGAAACUGCUUUCCGAAUUUUCUCUGAUCAAUGUUUCAGUAUCAAAUUAGAUCACGCUAAAACUAUAGAAUCUUCUAUUUUGAACAAACAACGAGCAACAUUAUUCGUUGACAAUCAUAUGGUUUCUGGUGAAUUUGCAGGUGUUGCAGAUUAUGAUACUCCCCCGGUGAGAGAUGUCUAUCUCGGUGGGACAAUAUUUAAUAUUGUUGGAUUAUCAGCUGAUUAUCAACAAAAUUUUACUGGUUGUAUUGCUGAUAUGCUUAUUCAAGAAAAAAUCAUACCAAUCUUAUCAGAAGCAACAGAAAUACAUGGUCCUAUUGAAAGAUGUAAAACUCCAUGAAAUCACCAUUAUGAACGAACAUAUUCUAUGGAUCAGUUCAACAGAAGAGAUCACAACUUAGAUAAUCAAUUAUUUAGGUUAAAAUUAUUUUAUUUGUAAAUGAAAAUAAAUCUACAAAUAUAAAAAAUCCUUUAUGUUGUAUAGACUUAUGCUUACGCUAAACAUUUCAAAUCAAUGCCAACUCAUAAUAUUUUUAUUUAUAUCCUUACUUACUUACUUGCGCCUGUUACCCCUCGUGGAGGAGCAUAGGCCACAAGCCAAUUGUCUUCAUCCAGAAAAAAAAAUAAUUCACUUAUCCAUGUUUGCUCAAAUCUCAAUGUUACGAGCCAUGCAUUGAACCCUUCAUAACCCCUCCUGCUAAUCAAUUUCCAAACAUCAAGUAUCAAAAAAAAUUAAUGAUUGUUUAUUAAUUUUGUUUGUUUGUUUUAAAUGAAGUUACAUUUUCAAUAUUUUGAGAGGAUACAAUUCAAACAUACAUACAUACAUAUAACGAAUUUGUUAAAAUCAUUCAAUGUCAUUCAUUGUCAUAGUGAAUAUAACGCACAAUUAACUGUAAUUGAAUACUUGCACAAUUAGAUAUUAUUGUCCAAUGACUAAUUAUUAAUAAAACAGUUUACUUUAUUAUCAUAAUAUAUAUCCUAUUUUACAUAUUCAUUGAAUAGAUUCUAAUAUCUUUGAUAUCAUAUUCAUUAUAAUAACCAUUAAAAAGAAGAAUUUAAUAGUCAUAUUGUUUUUGAAGGAUUUUAUGCAAAAUAUCAAAAUAUUGAAUGAAAAAAAAAAGAAACUACUUAUAAGUAAUACAUUUUGAUGAACGUUCUAGGUGAAUCAAUUGAAGCUAAACCAUCACGGAAAACCUGGAAGCAUUGGACG